GACUUAGACCAUUAUGCAACGCAGUACACAGGUCUGGCCAGACUGAACCGACUGCUGUUCAUAGCUGAACACUGCAAUUCCCUGAAGAUAGAAGCUCUGAGGAUGGCCUUGAACUACACUAUGAAGACAACGUACAAUACGAGCCUUUACCAGCUGAUCCAUCAUAAACUUGUGGCCGCGACUUCAAAUGCUAGAACAGGAUCCAAUAAUAGCACCAACAACCUGCCUGAUAUAGCCCCAGUGAAUGCAGUGGACACUCAGUGGGUGGAGGUCACUUCCAAAAAGGCUGCCCUCAAGUUGGAGAAGCUGGACACAGAUUUAAAAAACUACAAGAGUAACAGCAUAAAAGAAAGCAUUAGACGUGGCCAUGAUGACCUCGGAGACCACUACCUGGACUGUGGUGACCUAAGCAAUGCGCUCAAGUGCUACUCCAGGGCCAGAGACUAUUGCACUAGCCCCAAGCAUGUUAUCAAUAUGUGUCUCAAUGUUAUUAAAGUGAGUGUCUACCUUCAAAAUUGGUCACAUGUACAGAGUUAUGUCAACAAAGCAGAGGCAACGCCAGACAGCUCGGAUACUAAAGAGGCAAAUCAGAGCAUCUCCAGUCGGCUCAAGUGUGCAGCAGGGCUGGCUGAUUUGGCCACAAGGAAAUACAAAUCUGCUGCAAAGUAUUUUCUUCAAGUCAACUUUGAUUAUUGUGAUUUCCCAGAGCUUCUAUCACCGUCUAAUGUAGCAACUUAUGGUGCACUCUGUGCUUUAGCAACGUUUGACCGCAGGGAGCUUCAGGUUAAUGUGAUAUCUAGCAGUUCAUUCAAGCAGUUCUUGGAGUUAGAGCCGCAGCUUAGAGAUAUAAUGAGCAAAUUCUAUGAGUCCAAGUAUGCAUCCUGUUUAACUCUUCUGGCAGACAUCAAGGAUAACUUAUUACUGGACAUGUAUUUAGCAUCCCAUGUGAAUACACUAUACACACAGAUCAGGAACAGAGCAUUGUGCCAGUAUUUCAGCCCUUACUUGUCUGCUGACAUGAGAAAGAUGGCGGAGGCUUUCAACACAACAGUGAGUGCUCUGGAGGAUGAACUGAUGCAGCUGAUCCUGGAUGGACAAAUCAAAGCUCGCAUUGACUCGCACAAUAAGAUUUUGUAUGCUAAAGAUGUUGAUCAAAGAAGCAUGACUUUUGAGAAAGCCAUCUUGAUGGGGAAGGAGUACCAGAGGAGAACAAAGGCACUCAUUCUCAGGUCUGCAGUUAUAAAAUGCCAGAUUCAUGUUAAGAGCCCGCCCCGUGAAGGCCUGCAGGGAGGAGAGAUGUCCAUAGCCCCAGCUGGCGCCAGCUCGGUGGUCAGAAACUGA